AUGACUCAGCCAGAUCCCGAAGUUGUUCAGAAGAUCGCCGCGGAAGCACGACGACGCCAGGGAGCGGCUCGCGAAGCAUUUCUCGAAGAUACCUGCGGCACUGAUAUCGCAUUGCGGGAACUUGUCGAACAGCGGCUCCAACCGCAGCGUCUCGGCACGCUGGUCCCGCAGCAACUGGACGUCACCGCGACGCAUAUCCCCGAUGCUCCCUCUCAACAUUCGCUGCAUCCCAAGCAAGCAACUACCCGGUUCAUUCCCGGAACCAACAUGCUGGUGCGUGUCUGGGCCUCGAAGCUUUACCGAACCGUGGCGAUUGUCUCGCUGGUUGUGCUGAUCAUUUUGCUCGGCAUCGGCUCACGUUACCUGGUAUGGAACGAGCUACGCAAAAUCCGCGAACAGGAAUUCACGGCGCUGCUUGCCGCCGACGUGCAAGCCCUCACCAUGUGGAUCGAGACCCGAAAAGAUCACUUGCAAGUGGUCGCCACCGAUCCUGAAAUCCGCGAUGCCAUUUUCAGCAUGGCUGAGAAACAGGCCAAACUUGGCAAAGACUACUCCCACGAAAGCAUUCAGGAAGAGCUGCAAGUUUUCCGCGAUCGCCUGCCAGAGUUCAACCGCGACAAGGAAGAUGCCCAACGGUUUGUCGACUCGAACGACCCUCUUAAACAUAACGAAACGUUGGGCUCCUCAGGUUCGGUUCCCAAGAUCAUCGAUGACGAAGGGGUCUACUUCGUCGCCUCGCCAACCGGAGUAAUCCUCGCGGCGACCGAAGAAUCGAUCAUCGGCACCCAACUGCCCGGCAAUCGCCAUGCGCGAGUCAUUUCCGAUACGGUUAUGGGCCGCACCG